AUGCAGUUCAAGUGUCUCACCCUCAUGACCGCCCUGUUGUCUAUAAGCCAGGCACAAACCACAAUGGUAACAGACGUGCCAAAAGACGGCAUAAGUGGUAUCAAGAACAUCACCGAACUGUCGUCUGACCUGCUGGGCUUGGUGGGGGGUCUGAACGAAUCACAAACGGCUGAUUUCACCGUCAUUGUUGAUGAUUUGAAAGACAUCAUCGCUGAUAUUGGCAAGGAAGUCGCAGCACUCAGCGUCCCCUCCGUCAUUAGUGACCAGCAAGGCCUCUGCGAUUCCUUCAGUGGUUUUGUCAACGUAACUCAAGAGCUGUUUGGCGUGUUUUCGGAAAAAGAACCGAUCUUGUCCAUGGUGAACGCGACUGAUGCUGGAAAUUUCACCAACAUCCUGCGUGCCUUGACGAUUGGCGUCUUUGGGCUUGGAUCUAAAAUCAUCACGUUGGCGCCGAGCUGCGCGGAUGAAGCUACGAAGGAGCUGGGAGAUUUUAUCGGGGCAGCUAACCAGACGAUUGGAUCGUUCCAUUUCGGCGGUUAG